AUGGAGCUGUCAGCGAUCGGAGAGCAAGUGUUCGCCGUGGAAUUGAUCUUAAAGAAGAGGGUGAGAAAGGGGAAUGUGGAGUAUCUGUUGAAGUGGAAAGGAUGGCCUCCAAAAUACAGUACAUGGGAACCUGAGGAACAUAUUCUGGACCAGCGCUUGGUGCAGGCCUAUGAAGAGAAAGAGCAGAGAGACAGAGCUCUGGGUCACAGGAGGAAAGGAUCAAAGGCCAAAAGACUCGAUCUGCAGAACACCAUCUACGCCAUGGACCUCCGCAGCGCUCACAAGAUCCCUGAGAAAGCUCUGCCUCGCCUGCGUCUCUCGCUGACGCGCUCGCUGGUCCCGGAGGAUGUGGACGAUCCGUACGGUGCCUGCAGACACAAACCCGGGAGUUCUGAGUUCAGGAGCUUGGACUCCAACCCUCCGAGUCCAACACAAGAGGACUGGGAAGGCCUGGGAGAAGAAGACGAGGAGGAGGAGGAGGAUGCAGAAGAUGAGGAGGAUAGGGAAGAGGAGGCGGCUCAGAGGGAGACGACAGAAAGCAUUCUUCAUGGACAAGAGAGGAAGGACCGCUGGAGCUCCGACAUCGCACCGGACGAGGUCAUCGCUGUUUCUGAGAAGCCGGACCCCCUCUGGAGGCCCGUCAACAGACCGGGAGAGGUGACGGUCACGGACGUCACCCUCAACUCCCUCACAGUGACUUUCCGCGAGUCGAGGGUCGCCACAGGCUUCUUCAGACACUGUAGCCUGGAGGUCUGA